AGCCAACGAUGCAAAAUGAGAUUUUGACGCGAUGCGCUUCCCUCCUUAGUUUAUGGCCCCUCGGUGUACCGGUACGUACGCACGAUAGGUUGCUUCGAAAAACGAAAAUCGUUUCAACGUAUUUGCUGCCAUUACUUCAGAAUGGCAAUUGCUCGACAUCUGUAGCCCACAAUACCACAGCAAGUCGUUCGGUAGGCUUGCAGUGYGCCAGUGCGCCUUGUUCUGUAUCCACAUUGGGAUUGCAAGUGCUCGUCGACGGCACCUCCGAACUUCCAAAGUCAUACGCACAGGGAGACCGGCACCAAUUUUGAAGCGGCUUGCUUUCGUUCUGGUAGGCCCAGCGAAUUCGGUGGUUGGAUGAAGCUCCUCUUCCGGGCGGGGGCGGCCCCAGUGGCAACGGCAUCGAUCACGAUGGCGAUUGCGAUUUCCAUUGCCAUUGCCAUUGCCAUUGCCAUUGCAACCGUUGGAGGAAGAAACCUCGGCGAAUCCGCGGAUGGAAGCCAACGCGGAUUGACAUAUAUUGUGCUGUUCAGCAGUAUCGGCAGUCGUCCAACGACAGGAGUAGCAGACGCACUGGUAUAUCCGUUGGGAGGGAGAAAACGAACGAGAACAGAGCCAUUCUUGGUGAAUACGAUCGCAAACGCAAACGCAAACGCAAACGCAAACGCAAAUACAAAUACAAGUGCAAUUUCAUACACAAACGCAGACAACACCGAUCGCACACUGCAUUUUUCGUCGGUGAAACGAUCGCCAUGCUUCUCCCAGGUUUCAUCGCUGCCCGAUCAGCUCAGAUCCGCUCUAUUGGCAUCCCAUGGACGUGUAUCCGACCCAAAAACAACCGUUUGCACCGGCCAAGGUCGGACCACUGUACAGCGAUUUGGGUUGCACCAACUAGUCACGAUGCUAAYGAGAAUAAUGUACCUCGUAUUUUCGAUGCCGGCACCWCGAGCCCCUCACCACGGAGACAAACCAUUUCGGCGGUGGUUGCGGAGGGUGCUUGCCGGCGACCACCGGACGACAGGAAAUCGCCGAGUUCCCAAACAAAACCGAAACCAAGGAUCCAAACGACGACGGGGCCCCGCCGUCGCGAUUGCCCUCCAGCACAAGCGCCGCCACCUUGCCCUCCUGCUAGCUUGCGCCAUCGGUGGCGUGGGUGGCGGCCGCCCAGAGCGCCUGGCUGCAUCGUUUCACCGCGACAACGGGGGCGGCCACGGGGCUGUUUUGUACCACGAAAAGGUCGUUCAUUCGGCGUACCAYGAAACGGUUGCUUCGUUCGCGAGUUCUUCCGAUGCCGACGACGAGGACGAGGACGGCGGCGGCGAAACCCAAGCCGUGGACGCAAAACACAACUACUUCCGACCUUUUCCAAACGGUCUUCGCCUACAUCCCUUCCACAAACAUGCUUGGCUUUGGAUACACGGGUCAUCUUUCUCGAGGAGGCAUUGAAGGAACGAACGGUUCAAUUCAUCCUAUAACAACAACUGCAACAAUAACAAUAACAAUAACAA